AUGGCUCCACGCAACGGAGAAUCUCCCUCGAUGGCGAAGAAGAAAAUAAAGAGAACACACAAGAGAAAGCGGGAAGAGGAGGUCGAACGCAUGGAUUCACUUCCGUGGAGCACUUCUAUACCAAUCGGAGAAGACGACGACGGCGAAACCUUCUCCACUCUCUUCGCAGGUUCAGCUGAGCUUGACGGAGGUUUUCUUUCACUUGAAGAAAUUGAUGAAGCUGAUUACAAUCUGACGGAUCUUCCUACGAUUGAAAGUGGAGAAACAGAGAAAGUGUCGAAGUCGAAGAAACGAGCUCGAGAAAACAAUGAUGGUGACAAAGAGGAUGUAGAUGAGAUAUUUGAAGGCGGACAAGAGAACGAAGACGCAGAAGAAGAUGCUGAAAUAGAAGAAGCAGGAGAAGAAGAGAAACGCAAGGAUGAUUUGGAGAGCCAGAGGAAAAGAGAGAAGAAAGCUAAAAAGAACAAGAAGUUGAAGGAGUAUAAGAAGAAGAAGAAGAAGAUGAAGAAGAAGAUGGCUAUGGAGACCGAAAAGGAUCAGGACUCUUGUGCUGCAGUUAGUUCUGAUAAGGAUGACACAGUAGAGGAUCUAGAUGGUGAAGAAGAGACUGCCCCAGAGUUUAGUGCAUGGAGUUUGAUGAGACUUCAUCCAUUGCUCAUGAAAUCAAUAUACCAACUCGGAUUCAAGGAGCCGACAGAAAUCCAGAAGGCUUGCUUUUCCGUUGCAGCAUUUCAGGGAAAGGAUGUUAUUGGUGCUGCGGAGACAGGGUCUGGAAAGACGCUUGCUUUUGGGUUGCCCAUACUGCAACGCCUGUUAGAUGAGCGUGAAAAGGUUGGUAAAAUGCAUGCAGUGGAGGGAGAGGAAGCACAGAAGUACUAUGCAGAUGGCUUUUUGCGAGCUCUUAUCAUCACUCCGACUAGGGAACUUGCUCUACAGGUGACUGAUCAUCUUAAGAAAGCUGCUGAUAAUCUCGGAGUCCAGGUCGUUCCUAUUGUUGGUGGGAUGGCAUCAGCGAAGCAGGAAAGACUUCUGAAAGGAAAACCAGAAAUAGUUGUUGGAACUCCAGGAAGGUUAUGGAAACUUAUGUCGGCUGGAGAAACGCAUCUUAUAGAGCUGCAUUGCUUGUCUUUCUUUGUGUUGGAUGAGGCUGAUCGCAUGAUUGAAAAAGGGCAUUUCCGAGAGCUGCAGUCUAUAAUCGACUUGCUUCCAGUGACAGAUAGACCAAAUGAAGGAGAAAUGCAAACUGACACAGUUUCCGACGCCCCAAAGAAGAAAAGACAGACAUUUGUUUUCUCAGCUACCAUAGCAUUGUCUUCGGACUUCCGUAAAAAGCUAAAGCGUGGCUCCUCGAAGUCAAAGUCUGGUGAAUUAAAAUCUAUUGAGGAUUUGUCUGAACGAGCUGGAAUGAGAGAUAAUGUUGCCAUCGUUGAUCUGACAACUGCAUCUAUUUUGGCACCAAAGAUUGAAGAAUCUUUUGUUACGUGCGAAGAGGACGAUAAAGAUGCUUACUUGUAUUAUAUUCUGAGCGUCCAUGGACGAGGGCGGACAAUUGUAUUCUGUACAUCAGUGGCAGCUUUGCGGCAUCUAUGCGCGCUUUUAAAGAUUCUUGGACUAGAUGUUUGCCAAGUCAACGGAGAUAUGAAGCAGCCAUCUCGUUUGAAGGCAAUCGACCGCUUCCGUGCAAGCGAAAAUGGAAUACUCAUAGCAACAGAUGUUGCAGCUAGGGGAAUUGAUAUUAAGAAUGUCCGAACUAUUAUUCACUACCAACUUCCACAUUCAGCAGAAGUAUACGUACAUAGAAGUGGGAGGACUGCUAGAGCAUUUGCAGAUGGAUGCACCAUAGCUUUGAUUGCGCCAAAGGAGGCAAAAAAGUUUGACACUUUGUGCAAGUCAUUCGGUAAGGAAAGCGUAAAGGUAUUCCCUUUGGAGAGCUCUUACAUGCCAGCUGUCAAGAAGCGAUUAUCUCUAGCACGUCAAAUAGACGAGAUUGAAAGGAAAGGCUCGCGGGAAAAAGUGGAGAGGACCUGGCUUGAAAAACAUGCUGAAUUGAUGGAACUCGAAUUGGACGACGAUGAAAGUGAAGAGGAAAGAGUGGACAAUGUUAGGCAGAGAAAAGCGACCUCAGCACGAGUUGAAAAGCUAAAGAAGGAACUUAGCUCGCUUUUAUCACGUCCGAUGCAGCCCAAGAAAUUCUCACGCCGUUACUUUGCUGGGAGUGGUGUGACGCCACAGUUGCAGAAGCAGUUAACAGAGUUAGCCAGUCGAACUGGUGGAGAUAAAAAGAGAAGAAAGCUUGCUGUCGUUUCCCAGAAUUGCAUCGAACCUCUUCAAGCCCUUCGUGAUGGUGGCAACGAGGUGAUGAGCAUGAAAGGUCAGAGUGCAGAGAAGCGGCGCGAUAUAGCGACCUUGAGGAAGAAGAAAAAGGAAGAGAAAAUAGGUCGGCGUGAUCAGCGAAGGGAACAGAAGAAAAAGAGAAAACUAAUGGCUUCUUCUUAA